CCUGGCCCACGUCCCGACCCAGCUCCUGUUCCCCCGCAGCCGCGGCCGUGGGGGCCGUGCCCGUGGUGCUGGGCGCCAUGGGCUUCACCGGGGCGGGCAUCGCCGCCUCGUCCCUAGCGGCCAAGAUGAUGUCCGCUGCCGCGGUCGCCAACGGGGGUGGAGUCGCCGCGGGCAGCCUGGUGGCUACGCUUCAGUCCGUGGGGGCAGCUGGACUCUCAACGUCAUCCAAUAUCCUUCUGGCCUCUGUCGGAUCAGCCUUCGGAGCCUGGCUUGGAGGCUCCAAUGAGGAACCUUCUUCCCCUCCCUCAGACGAACCCAAGUCUCCGCCAGACGAACCCAAGUCUCCCCCAGACGAACCCAAGUCUCCCCCAAACGAUUCUGAGGCUGAAGGGGACGAACCAGAAGAAACUGAAUCCCAAAUUGAGCCUCCAAACCGCCCCCUCAGCUCAGAGAAGCAGGAGAAAUAAAACUCAUGUGCACAUGCA